AGUCAUUAAGCAGGUGAAACGGCACGUUGGCCGUACGACCACGACGACCGCGGCCGCCAUCAUCGGUGGUGACAGUCCGAAGAAGCUGAUCAAGAAGAAAAAGAAACGCUCGAGCGCGGCAGCGAAUGCAGCCGGCGCUGGCGCUGGCGGUGGCGGUGGCGGUGGUCCAUCCGAUGAGUCCCCGGUGAAGGAACAGCAGGUGGCCGUAAAGCAACCGAAAAAACACAAAAAACCCAAAUCCAAGCAUAAAGAGGUGAUCGAUUAUUCGGCCAGGAACGCAACCGAUGCGCACAAUCACAGCAACACGUUUGGCAAGGUGCACCGUUGGUUGCUGGAGUCACCGAUCGUGGCCAAUGGUGCCGGUACCGGUGCCAGUUCAUCGUCCCAGUACGCUCCGGCGAAUCUGAUGAGCAAAAGUCAAUCGACACCGGAUCAUCUAACGCAAGCGCAACCCAGUGUGGCCCCGGUGACCACACCGCCAGCCCGUUCACCGAAGAAAACUCGCGUGAAAACGAAAUCCGUGGGCAAUCUGAACGAGAAGGUCCGGCUGCAGGUUGUCUACAAGCCACCGUUCAAGUUUAGUUUGAAGCUUUCGAAAACUGAUCCCUCAUCGGUUGGAGCAACCGUUAAGACGCACGUGGUCCCGGGAGCGCUAGCGGUGGGCGGGAAGCGUAAAUCCCGGGCACUCGGUGAUCGGAAGCGAAUCGGUGCGCUGAAUGAUGAGCCGCAACCGCAACGAUCGAAACGAUCGGCCAUCCUGGUGCGAUCGGUUGCUGGUGCCGGUGCCGAAGAAAAGAUCCCAAUCAUCGGCGGUGGUCCGUUGGCACUGGAACCAAACUACGAGACGCUCAAUCGUCACUCCGGUGGUCAACACUCCGAUACCGAUUCCGACGACGGUGGUCCUGGUGGUGAGUCGCACACGUACGAGAAUGUUACGUUCGGUCUCGGAGACGACAUGGUCGAUCGGUCGCUUGAACAGAUGACACCAGAUGCGAUCACCUCCCAGCAGCAGCAGCAGCAACAGCAUCCUUCUGUGCCAUCAUCAUCUUCCAUCAACACGGCCACGUUCCGUAUCAACCGCAGCGCAAGCGGUGCGCACCUACCACCGAACCUCGGUGGUGGUCUCGCCAAGAGUGCCACUCAGCCGGUGGUCGGUCCAGGGCCAACCAGUGCCGGUCACCUACACCACCAUCAGCACCACUACAGCAAUAGUCGCGAGCGCGACAAACAACGCCGCUCCAGUAUUCAUAGCAGCUCCCAGCAGCAGCAGCAGCAACACCAACCGGUGGCCGCCAUCCGAUCGUUUGCCGGUGAUAGCACCGAGUGUUUGAUACGAUCCAGCACCUCGAAUCUCAGCAAACCGCUCCACGGUGGUAGCAGCAGUAAGCGAAACAGCUUCGCGGAAAAGAAACGUGCGAGCACCACGAACCUGAACCGACGCCAGUCCGGUUCGGCUUCCAAUUUGCAUUCACUCAAGCGGCACGGUUCAUCGAGCCAGUUCCUGCUGCAGGAUGCUGGUGCACCGGGAUCCGGGUACGGUAGUCGGCGGAACAGUGUCACGCAACUUUCGCCACCAUCGACGGCCAUGAAGCUGUCACGAUCGGCUUCAAACGGUGGACCGAGUACGGCAGGCAACGGUCGCCAUAGUAACAACCAGCAUCACCAUCAUCAUCAUCAUCAUCAUGCCAGUCAACAGCAGCAACAGUAUGCGCCAACGAGUGGCAACAAUGGGACGCUCGGUAGUACGGGUUCCUCUUCGUCGAAUCACCAUCAGCGCCGCAGUAGUGUAGGGGCGGGAAGUAAAGCCCCAGCAGCAGCAGCAGCAGUAGCAGGCCAUGCAAUGCCUCACUUGGCACGGCAAACGUCGCUGAAUGUCAAAACGAAUCCGCUUCCACAGCAACAGCAAUAUGGCGGCGGUGCUGCGAUGUCGGCAGCGACGACUGGUUGGCGUUGUGACGAUCGUCGACCACACACCUCCUCCUGUGCGGACGAUGGCACGAAAGGACAGCGACCGUUCGAGUGGCCUGUGUCGGCCGGGGGCGGUCUGCCACGCAGCAAACCCCUCGACGAACCGCUCCCUUCCGAUCUGGAGGUGAUGGUGUCGGAUGUCGAGAAUCUUGUCAACGAUAGAUAACAAUAUUUUUACGACUAUUGGUCAGCCAUGGGCAAGCACGGAUAAAAUUGAUUGAGUCGAUUGUCCGGUUGGCAACUGGCAUCAUUCGCUUCGAUCUCUCUUUUUCAAGAUCGUGUCAAUUCCAUCGGAUCGCAUCGAUGGUCAAAUUGUGUUCUUCUUCUUCUUCUCGCUAUUCACUUGUGCCGAUGGAGGCGCCUGGUGUUUUUGAUCGUCGAAUGGAGGCGCAUGGUGUGUGGGGGCUUUCGACGAUUUUUUACGACGACGACGACGACGGACGAAUUCGUUUCUUAACAAGUGCCAAUUAGAAUCAACUGCUGUUCCCCCUGCCUAGCUAUCAAUUGGGAUUGAUCUUGCGUCCCUCGGGAACUCGGAAAUGUGUUGCUUCCUUCCUCUCGAUCAUCGCUCGACGGUGUGACUGGGAUCGGAUCGAGCGAAGCGCGAUAGUAGAAGCGACAGGGGUUCCUUCCUCCUUCCUGCUUCCCUCCCAGCCAGGUUACUGUAAGAUAAACCUGUUUUAUAUGAGUUUUGAUGGCAUACACGAGACCGAACUGAUCCUGAAGUGGCUGUAUGAGCAGUAUGACCUACAAGAUCAUAUCACUAGAAAAUGAGAAAAAGAUAGAGAGAGAAAAGCAGAAAGAGAGAGAGAAAGAGAGAGCGAGAGAAGGAAAAAGGGAAAUUGGAGGUGUAUUUUGUGGGCGUAUAUAUAUUUUUGAAAAGAAAGAGAGCCCGAGGCGGGCAUGAGGGAGCCAGUUUCUGCGAUUUUUACGUUUUAGAUCUAUUUUUUUACUUUGCCUAUCAUGCGUGUGUCUGUGAGAGAGAGAGCGAGAGAGAGAGAGAGAUUGCGUGUGUACGUGGGAUGAUUCGUGCUCAUUGUCCAUGAGCACGGCCACUCCUUCAAUCUGUUGCUUACCUUACCUUCUUCCUCACACAUAUCUCGUGUCUUAAACAUAACUUCAUGUUUCGUUUAUGGCGGAUCGCAGAACGAAACGCACGACAGACGGGUGCAGUUUGUUCCGCUGCCUUCCGAUGUGCGUUGUGUAAAUAAAUAGCCAGCCAGAUAGUUGCACCACCGUGCGAUGCUGUUGUGUGUUAAACUCGAACGCUUUCGGUGUGAAAUGGAAAAAAGGUAAAUGGCAGAACUGUGGAAAGCAAACGCAGCUAGGAAGGAACAAUAAUACCGGAACAGUCCAUUCUCGCGCAACAGUAACGUUCCGUGGAGUUAUGGAAAGAAUAUGCAGCAUUAAAGCAUCCCGCAUUGGGCAGGUAACCAUAAAGAAAGCAUGAUCAAAACGACCUCGGACCACCGAGAAAUAGAAAAGAACAGAGAGGGAGAGGUGUGAAGGUGUAACGAGAUGGUAGAACUAAUAGAAAGGAGAAGAGAAGAAGGGUGGAGAAAAACAACUAAACAUAUAAGUUAAAUGUGAUUCUAAUGUUAUAGAAACUUCUAGCGUUAAGGCAAACCAACUAACAAGCGUGCAACAAGCGAGCGUGUAAGGGCGAAUGAACGACAAGAAAGAAGAAAGUAACGGAAAUAAUAAAAAAAAUGAACAAAACAAAAGAAAAAAAGCAAGAAAAUGGAGCGAGAACAAAAACACGAAAAGACACUCAAACCUAUCACUGCGCGGAUGCGAGCAAACGGACGGACGUGUUUGCGGACGGUGUUGACCCAAAAAACCCCGCAAUCGUAGGUAUGUAAAAUGAAUGUACAUUUAUAUUUAUAUUUCCCCGAAGAUGUGUAAGUUAACAUGCCGAUGAAAGCAGGAGCGCACCAUGCUUACACACAGCUAACAAUUAAAAAAAAUGGCCAAGCAGCACUAACAGCAGCGGGAAAAGCAGAAGAAAAAGUGAUGGCGAACGAACGAAAGGAAAUGGGCGAAAAUGUUGCUUCCUUGCCCAAUCAAUCCGAAGAGAGGAUGGCGAGUGCGAGUGUUUUUUGCACAUUUUGCUAACGGCUUUAACGGUCCUUCGCUUCUAUUGACGGACGCACUCGCAAUCACCACCAACCACUAAUUCCCCUCCAUACACCGACUCAAGCGAAACAUGUGCGAAUUGCAGUUUUUAUAAAACCCUUUUUCCUCAGGCUACCAGCUCAAUUACCUACUGACCUGAUAAUACACAUCCCUGCACUCUUAAGAAACAAACGAUAAUGCUUUUUUUGUUGACACAACAUGGUACAUGAGAUUAAGGGCAACUGAACAGCAAACUAGCAACUGAACCGAGUUUACAAUGUUAGCAGUAGAUAAGCGAACGUACGAGAGGAUCAUAUGGAAGACGAUGUGGCAUAUUGAUGGUCACUUCAGCCCAAUCGUGAUCAUUAUUUGUGCUGCUUGUCAAAGUAGCCAUGCUUCAUUACCAUCCAAGAACACCAUUUCAUUCUCCUAACAGGGGUGCCUACUUGUGUUUUUUGGCCAAAAAUACAGAAAACCCGAUUGAUUCGUAUAAUUUUCAAUGCAGUUUAACACCAAAACAACAUAAUUCUUUGCUUUUUGCGGGAUUCGAAUCCCCUGUCCAACGUUUUAAACCCUUCGCGAGCAAUUUCAGAGAAGCAAAGUAUGGGACGGAAUGGGCUAUGGAGGCGAUAUGAUAGUGCGAAGCUAAUAAUCAUAACCAAAGCAUACCGUGCUGCCAUGCUGUUGCAGUGGAGACAGGACAACGGCUCUUUAUAACGAUGUUAAUACACACAUUCUUCACCGCAAAUCAGCAAAAGAACAAUGGGGUAAGGGAAUGCGUGGCAGUUUUUGGUGCAGAUGGAAGAACAAUCAUGCAAACGAGAGGGCAUACAAUGGGACGGUGUAUGUGGCACCAUACUUGCCGUGUUCUGGUCGGAAUGGGUAGAGCAGUGUAGGCUGGUGUCGUGUGACCGUUAGCUAAUGAUCUGGCGGAUGAAAAA